GCUUCCGGGCUUGGACUGAAAGGGUUAAUCAACUUUCACUUUUUUUCUCCAAAUUUCCGGAUUUUCGGCUCAAAAUUUGGUUGUAGACCUUCGAAUAGGUAUUCUAUAAUUGAAUUUCAAUCAUUACUCAUCAAGUGACUCCGUAAAUUUGACGCCAUGAAGAACAGUAACAAUUUAUCCGACCAGAAUAUCGAAGAAUCUGAUGAUGACGAUACUUCCAGUGUGGGGAGUGCAAAUACAGAUACCAGUAACGCUACACCUACGUACAGAAGUAGAAAAAAUCGUAAAGGUAGAUCCAAACACAGUGUAACUAAAUCAUCAAAACUGCAAUAUAAAUUCUCAUCUAGUUAUAAAGAAGAUCAUUCUCAGCCAUUGUUCAGCGUACUGUUCAAUCAUUUGAUAAAAGAACCACUGAUAUUUGCCACCGUUGGAAGUAAUCGUGUUUCAGUAUACGAAUGUUUGGAUAAUGGGAAAUUGAAACUUUUGCAAUGUUACGCAGAUCCUGCAGUUGAACCAGAAGAAAACUUUUACACAUGUGCGUGGUCGUACAAUAGCGAAAAUCAUAAACCAAUUCUCGCAGUCGCUGGAUAUCGAGGCGUAAUUCGUAUCCUGAGCAUAAGCACAUUGAAUUGCAUUAAAGAUUACACCGGUCACGGGAAUUCAAUAAAUGAGUUGAAGUUUCAUCCUGUAGAUACCAAUUUGUUACUUUCAAUAUCUAAAGAUCAUACUUUGAGACUUUGGAAUAUCAAAACGGAUGUGUGUAUUGCAAUUUUCGGAGGAGUAGAAGGUCAUCGUGAUGAAGUACUCUCAGCCGAUUUCGAUUUAUCCGGCACUCGUAUCAUGUCUUCCGGAAUGGAUCAUUCGUUGAAGUUAUGGCAAUUAGAUACCGAAGAUGUUCAAACAGCGGUGGAAAAAUCUUACGAAUUUAUCGGCUGUCGUUCAUCACGACCUUUUCAAACUGCCAUGGAACAUUUCCCAGAAUUCUCUACGAGAGAUAUUCACCGUAAUUACGUGGACUGCGUUAGAUGGUUCGGUGACUUCGUGAUAUCCAAAUCGUGUGAAAACUGCGUGGUAUUUUGGAAACCAGGCCGAGGUGAAAAUGGCGAAACGAAAAAUAGUGAUAAUAACGUAUCUAUUAUGCAUAAAUUGGAAUUGAAAGACUGUGAAAUUUGGUUUAUACGGUUUUCGAUGGAUUAUUUUCAAAAAAUCUUAGCUUUGGGAAAUCAAACUGGAAAAUUAUUCGUGUGGGAUUUAGACGUUACUGAUCCUUCGAUUAUUCGUCCCAUUAUAUUGAGCCAUCCUCGGUGUACUUCGGCUAUUAGGCAAACGAGCUUGAGUCGCGAUGGAUCUGUUUUAUUGUCAGUUUGCGAUGAUCAGACUAUUUGGCGUUGGGAUAGGGUAGCAUCGUGAGAAGUAUUUUUUGUUUUUUGUUUUUUUUUGUUUAAUCAACGUUGACUGAAAUGUUAAUCAAUCAUUGUGGUUUUAAAGGAAUUUUUAAAGUGAAAUUAUUUUAAUGUAAUAGUCCGGCAUAUGACAAUAGGAGUGAUUGCACCCCCCCCCCGAUCCUCCGGAACAACUUUUUUCUUAAAGAAGACACCCUAAGGAACAUUUUAAAGCAAACUUGCCCAAAAAAAAGUUGGCCUUACUUACAAAAUGGCGGCCAUUUUGAUUGACAGGUCAGCCGAAAUCGCAAAUUUUGCGUUUCAACAUUGGACUUGCACGAAAUUUUUCAAACUUUACAAAGGUAGAUCGAAAGAUCAUGCAAAAAUUUAUCACCUGUCAAAAUUUCAAGUGCUAAAGUGCGUUUUUCGAUUUUUGGUGAAUUUUUGAAAAUCGAAUUUUGGCUAAAAAUGAGGGAAAAAAUCAAAAUUUUACCAAAUUGACCCAGAAAGCUGAAAUUUGAGAUAUACCCUAUUUUCGACAUGCAAAAUCGAUUAAAAACGGUUUCAAUCCGUUUUGAGCAGUUCUGGAGCCUCCAGCAGAUUUUUGAAACUCGAAAUUCCCCCAAAAUUCCAUCAAAUUGGAGUUGUUAAGCUGAAAAUUAUUCUAAAAACUAAUUUCAAUUCGCUACGAAGUACUGCAGGUGAAUUUUAAGUCGCUUUGGGGCCUCCAGCAGAUUUUCGAAACUUUAAAUUUUCACAAAAUUUCAUCAAAAUGGAGAUGGAAAGCUGAAAUUUACUCUACAUUCCAAUUUUAACAUUCUCUGAAGACGACUUCUGGUGGGUUCAAGUCAUUUUAGAGCCUCCAGUGACUUUUUUGAAAAUUACUGAAGCCUCCAGCAGAUUUUUGAAACUUGAAAUUUCCCCAAAAUUUCAUCAAAUGAUGAUGGAAAUCUGAAAUUUACUCUACACUCCAAUUUUAACACCCUCCGAAGACGACUUCAAGUGGAUUCAAGUCAUUUUAGGGCCUCCAGCGACUUUUUUGAAAAUUACUGGAGCCUCCAGCAGAUUUUUGAAACUUUAAAUUUUCACAAAAUUUCAUCAAAUGGAGAUGGUAAGCUGAAAUUUACUCUACACUCCAAUUUUAACACCUUCUGAAGACGACUACAAGUGGGUUCAAGUCAUUUUAGGGCCUCCAGCGACUUUUUUGAAAAUUACUGGAGCCUCCAGUAGAUUUUUUAAACUUGAAAUUUCCCGCAACAUUAAUUUAUCAAAUGGAGUUGGCAAGCUGAAAUUUACUUCGCAGACUACAUGGUGGUUUCAAAUGGUUUUGAAACUUCCAGCUACUUUUAGGAAAUUUCAAUUUUCCAAAAAAACGUCAUACAACCUUUCAAAAAGUUGCUGGAGGCUCCAAAACGACUUGAAAUUCACCAGCAGUCAACUUCUUAGCGUAUUGAAAUUAGUUUGCAGAAUGAAUUUCGACUCUCCAUCUUAGUUUGAUGAUAUUUUGGGGAAAUUUAAAGUUUCAAAAAUCUACUGGAGGCUUCAGUAAUUUUCAAAAAAGUCGUUAGAGGCUCUAAAAUGUCUCGAAAUCCACCAGAAGUCGUUUUCAGAGGGUGUUAAAAUUGUAGUGUAGAGCAAAUUUCAGCUUUCCAUCUCCAUUUUUUUGAUGAAAUUUUGUAAAAAUUUAAAGUUUCAAAAAUCUGCUGGAGGCUUCACGAAUUUUCAAAAAGUCGCUGGAGGAUCCAAAACGACUUGAAAUUCACCAGCAGACAACUUCGUAGCGUAUUGAAAUUAGUUUGCAGAAUGAAUUUCGACUCUCCAUCUUAGUUUGAUGAUAUUUUGGGGAAAUUUAAAAUUUCAAAAAUCUACUGGAGGCUCCAGUAAUUUUCAAAAAAGUCGUUGGAUGCUCUAAAAUGACUUGAAAUCCACCUGAAGUCGUUUUCAGAGGGUGUUAAAAUUGGAGUGUAGAGUAAAUUUCAGCUUUCCAUCUCCAUUUUUGAUGAAAUUUUGUGAAAAUUUAAAGUUUCAAAAAUCUGCUGGAGGCUUCAGGAAUUUUCAAAAAGUCGCCAGAGGAUCCAAAACGACUUGAAAUUCACCUGCAGUACUUCGUAGCAAAAUUGAAAUUAGUUUUUAGAAUAAAUUUUAGCUUUACAACUCCAAUUUGAUGGAAUUUUGUGGGAAUUUCGAGUUUCAAAAAUCUGCUGGAGGCUCCAGAACUGCUCAAAACGGGUUGAAACUGUUUCCAAUCGAUUUGGCAAGUUAAAAAUAGGGUAUAUCCCAAAUUUCAGCUUUCUUGGUCAAUUUGGUGAAAUUUUUGAUUUUUUCCCUCAUUUUUGGCCUAAAUUCGAUUCUCAAAAAUUCACCAAAAAUCGAAAAACGCACUUUAGCACUUGAAAUUUUGACAGGUGAUAAAUUUUUGCAUGAUCUUUCGAUCUACCUUUGUAAAGUUUGGAAAAGUUCGUGCAAGUCCUAUGUUGAAACGCAAAAUCUGCGAUUUCGGCUGACCUGUCAAUCAAAAUGGCCGCCAUUUUGUAAGUAAGGGGGGGGGGGUGCAAUUACUCCUAUUGUCAUAUGCCGGACUAUAAUGAAUCAUUGUGUUUUUAAAGGCUUUCUUAAAGUGAAAUUAUUUUAAUGUAAGGGUACAUUUUUAUUUAACAUCAUGUGAAAAAUAAAAUAUGAUGAUUUUU